CGCAGGGGGGAGGGGGGUGAGAGAACGAAGAGGGGGAGAGUUAAAUAUACGUGUAAGGAGCCACAGUGUAUACACGCCGGACUCCGGGGAGGCUUGACUGGCGUAUACUCCUCGACCGCAUCGGCUCCGGUCUCCACACACACAGACGCUGCGCUUGAGAGGACUGCGAUCGCAGAGCAGACCAGUCGACGCUUGAUGAAUAGUUUUGCUGUAACCACAGUGUGAGAUGGGACAGCAAAAUGAAAAAAAGACUGUUUGGGACGUCACUUUGCAGCAGAGACAAAUGUCGUAGUUUCUGGCAUCCAGAGCAGAAUAACUGGAUGCCAAAAUGGUGCUGUCACCUGGAAAGGGGGAGUAUGACGACAUGAGCGCCGAGGUCCAUUCUGGGCGGGUGACGAGCCAAUCAGAGAGUGACGGGGAUCAUCGAGGCGACAACGGCCGCUGCCUCUGGGCCGAGCCCAGCUCCUCAUUGUGCAGUCCUGCAUUCGACUUGACGUGCUGUAGAGCCCAGCUGGAGAGGACUGGCUUCCAGAUUCCUGUUGAAGAUUUUGAAAUCCCGCUUGGGAAAGCGCUAGAUCCCCCUCCUGUACGAAGAUACCUUUUCUUCAGCUCCUCUAUUUCCCAUUUCUUCAUAGCAGUGGUGGUGUAUGUGGUGAUGUGGUGCGGCAUGUACUCAACUGUUCAUCUAUACUUUGGCUUCUACCUCUCGGAAUUCUGGAUCCUCUGUUUUGCCGUCACACUGCUGUCCGUGAUUGUCACGUCUGUGAUCAUCCUUGUCCUCUAUCACAGCAACAAACAGAUCAACAUUAACACAGAUGUCAGGCUGAUUCAGGUGAACGAGAGGCUGGUCAGACAUGGAUUAUUGGUGGGUGUAGCAGACUGGGUGCAUCACUGUGUUAGCGUACAACAGCUGUUCUUAGUGCACUGGGAUCUCUUACCCUGUCUGGGGGCCCUGACAGAAACCCUGGAGGAGAUGAGCUUCAUUAGGGAUGAAGUGCAGCACAAACUCAACAAGAAAAUGUCCCACCUCCUCCUCGCAACCAAAGUCACAAACUUGAGCGAAGAAUCAAGCCCAGGGACUGAGGAAGGGGCUGAUGAAGAGCGCCCCCUGUUGGUGGAGAAUGAACAGGGCUCUGGUACUACUCCGAUUACCCAGAGGGAAGAGAUAAAGCUCACCAAGGACUACAGCCUUGUGCCAGACUACAAUCUCCCCAUCCAGGAAACAGCAUAUCGUCUCUUGCUGACGUACAGCGCCGCCUAUGUCAGGCUGAUGGUGUCCGAGAGGCUUCCCGUGUCGUCACAGCGACCCCUAUCCUCCAGGAGGGCUCACUGCAGCAAUGCCUCCCUUUGCCUCUGUCAGUACGUUUGCAAAAAAGUAGACAUAGGCAGAGAGCACAGCAGGGGGGAGCAGGAGUAACAAGAACAGAGGCGGCCAUCAUAUUUGGACUGGGGGAGGCUGGAAAAGUAUCCAAGAUGGAAAAGGAAGCAAUCUGCUUUUCCUUGUACAGCAUGUAUAUUUGGAAAUGUCAAGGGUUCCUGUCCAUAAUUGUAAAAAAAAUGUCAUACGUUUAGCAGAAAUACCUGUAUCUGAUUGGAGGAUUUAAAGUAUUGGAAGGUUUUCUGCAUUAAUAUAGCAGUAAUUUAUGUCAAUGUCAGUACCUUCCUCCAGUGAUGCACUGAUAUGGAUGAGCGAUUGCUCAGAGUGUCCCGUGUCUGUGAUGAGUCAUUCAUGGAGCGUGGAGCUGGCCUGCUUGGCGUGUAAAACACAGCGACUCUGCUUGGGUGACAAUGGACAUGCAGCGAAGGAGGGGGGGCAGGUCAGAUCAGCGGAGACCCGGGGAAGCAGAGCCUAUGGAUGGAGACGCUCCACAGGAGCAGGGUGUUAAAUGAUUGGAGGCACUGAGUCUCUUUGGGAGGCUAAAUGACCAUCUGCGAUCCUGCUGGCAAUGGCUCAUCUAUCUCUCCCCCCCUUGUAAAGAGCACCGCAUAUGCAGUGUGCAUCAGCCUUUGUUUCUGUGCCAUGCGAUUGGACAACGGGACCCAGCCAAUCAGAGGACAGAUGCUGUCCAGUUGGAGAAUGCGGUAUUGCCCUUGGAGUUAACAUGCCCUAGUCUGCUGGGUAUGCAGAUUCUGUAUGAGCCAGUCCUCUCACACUUUUAAAAAUUAUUUCUAAUAAGUCAGCUUUCUGCAAAAUGCCAGCCAAUGCACUUCAAAUAAAGCAAGAGCCUAGAUAUCCAAUUUAAUUAUCAUUACACAAAGGCUAAGGAUAAUAUUAGGGCCGUAUAAGAACGCGAAGAUAAAAUGCAGAAACCAGUGGAGGAAGGAAAUAUGAGCUGGGAAACAAGAGUAGAGAACUUUAUUCACAUGAACCCGUCAAUAAGACGCAUCACGGGGGGGAGGCUGGAGACAGAGAAAGAGGGAGAGAGAAAAGCAGGCUAACUAUAAAUAGCACAUGGGAGUCAUGGGAAUGACCAGAGACUGGGCAAAGCAGGCGUCUCCUGUAAGCCGCUCCGGCACGGCCUAAUUUUACCCAAACUCAACUGACUUGGAUCCCUCCACAGGAAAAGCAUAUCUUACAACUGGCUACAAAAUAAAAUAAAACACAAGUAAA